AUAACAAUUUUCAUUUGCUGUCAAACGUUUAUGUUGAUAGCUGUUUAACAUUCAUCAUAUCAGUUUUACAAAGUAUUUUGUAAAAACUUUAAAUGAAACAAUGUCAAAGUCUAAGAAUGUGUACAGAAAAGGAAGCAGUCUUAAUGAAGAGCAAUCAGAUUGCAGUGAAAGAGAAAUGUACAAUCCCGAUGAAGCUACGCGCCAUCAUGGCCAAAGAAGUUUAAAUGCGUCAAAGGCAAAGAAAGAUCGAUCUGAAAAGAAUUUGAAGCAUAAAGAUUCAAGCAACAGCAGUGACGGAUCAACAUCUGAAAGUGACUCAUCAAAAUCGUCAACAAACUCUAUUCCACACAGAAUUAGCAAAACCACAAUACGCACUGAAUAUAGUAAUAAACGAAAACACAGCGAAGAAAAGGCUAAACGUAGACCAUACAAACUCACACACAAACGUGAUCAUAACGAAAUAAAUGCUGACGAUGAACCAAACGUUUCGAAAUGGGACAGUCCUUUAAUACGAACUCGACCGCGUAGUAGAAGUAGAAGUCGUCCGAGACAUAGGCAGCGUGAAAGGAGUGAGGAACGAAAAACAGUACGUUCAAAAGAAGAUUAUUACGACCGAGGGAAUCGAACACGUAGUAAUUACGGACGGAAUUACAAAGAACAUUACGACAAAAGACGAGAAUACACAUCGAAUGAUUUAUCUGCACGGAGAAAUGAUCGCAAUGAUAAAACGUACAGCAGAUCACAACAUGAUGAUCGUGUAAAACGAGAGCACAAAGAGCGCUCUAGACAAAUGAAUUCACCAAACCGCAAAAACUCACGCGAUAACGAGAGUGGGAGCUAUGAAUGGGGUAGCAAACAUCCAAGUGAUAAACGCGAGAAAGAUCAAAUAAAAGUUGAAUCAAUUGAAAAAGAUAAACCAAACUUUGCGUUAAGUGGUGCUUUACUAGAGGAUACAAAUAAAGUAAAUGGCAUUGUUGUAAAAUACGCUGAGCCGCCAGAGGCACGGAAGCCAAAACGACGUUGGCGUUUGUAUCCCUUUAAAGGUGAAACCGCGCUGCCUACAUUACACAUACAUAGACAAAGCUGUUUCUUGGUUGGACGAGAUCGGAAAGUUGCUGAUUUAGCUGUUGACCAUCCAAGUUGCUCUAAACAGCACGCCGCAUUACAGUACCGGCUAGUGUCCUUUGAGCGAGAUGAUGGCACUCAAGGGAAACGGGUUCGGCUCUAUCUCAUUGAUUUAGAAUCAGCUAAUGGCACAUUUUUAAAUAAUAAAAAGAUUGAUCCUCGAAAAUAUUACGAAUUAAUUGAGAAGGAUGUUAUAAAGUUUGGCUUUAGUACACGCGAAUAUGUACUAUUACAUGAGAAUAGCAAAGAGGAUCAAGAGGACGAUGAUGUAUUUGUUAAGCCGGAGCCAGAAGAUGAGCCAGAGAGCUUGAAUCCCUAAUCUUAUAAACGUUUAUUCCCAAGAAAUGAACAGAGUUCAACUGGUUAAAGUGUAGAUCAAAGCGUGGAAGAUACUUUAGAUAUGAACAAACUCAUAUCUACAUACAUACAAAUGUCUUAAAAAUAUUAUAAAUACCAUGCAUGUAUUUUGGCUUUUUCUCCCUUAAUUAUGCCACACUUAUAAUAUUGUAAACACUUGUUUGGUUAUUUUUAUUAACUCUAGUUUGCUCAUUCAAAUAAAAACAAAAUGCAUAUAUAAUCGUU